AUGGGUUGCGGAAGUACACGUCAACCUGAUAUUGCGGUAGAAAACUGGAGACAAAAACGUGAACAAAAGAGGCAAAAAAAUACAAGUAAUACAACAAAAUCAUUUGAUAAUGAAGAUGAUUCAAUUAAAAAACCGAUAGAGAAGAAACAAUCCAAUGAUUAUAUAACAAAGUUAUCAGCAACAACAAAUAAUAAUGAUAACAACAGUAACAAUACAAAGAUACAACCAUUAAACAAUGAUUACAAACAGAAAAAUACGACCGCCUCUUCGCCAUUGAAUAAUAAAAACUAUAUAGAAAAACAAAAUGACAAUACAACUAACUCGGUGAAUAAACUCUCGGUGAUAUCACAACAUCCAAAUGCUGUUUCAUUAAACCAACGUCCUUCUCCAGCAAAAAGUCCAUCACCACAUCCAAAGGGACCUGCUAGAAUACGUGAAAUAUUCAUAGAAAAACCAAUAAAUGUACGUGGUUUUGGAUUUAAACUUGAUGGAGGAAAUAAUCGUCCCGUUUUUGUUUCAUCACUUGAAGAUAAUAGUCCAGCGGAUAAAUGUGGUUUAAAUGUUGAUGAUGAAGUGUUAUACAUGAACGAUGAAAAUAUUGAACAAAUGACAUUUGAACAAGUUCGAAAACUAUUAAAAGAUCGAAUAUCGAAAGGCACGAUUAAAUUAGUUGUUCGAACUUACGAAGAAAUAUUCGAUGAAAAUUCUCCAAAUAUAGCACCAACUCAAUAUCACAGUCGUACUCCGAGUCCUCAGAAGUUAUUAUCAACAACAACAACUCCUUCAUCGAAUAUGAAAACUAAUAUUAAUUCUACCCAACAUUCGUUAAACGAAUUGUCAAACUCGAAUAAUAAAUCUAUUUCUACUAAUAGAGAACAAUCUCCAUCUUCAAAAUUGAUCAAUAAUUUAAAUAUUCCAAUGACGACUAAUAACAUUAAAUCGCUGUCGUCCGAUUAUUCUUCACCAGUGUUAAAUUUGUCUACAUCAUCAUUAACAAUACUUCAGCAGUCAUCUCCUGUUUAUACAUUCUUACCCUAUACACCGUUACCAACGGCUGAUAUUCCAACACAAUCGACAAUCACAACAACAACAACAACUCCAAAUCGAACAUCAUCAUUAAAUAUAUUUGCACCAAAACCGUUUCGAUCACCAAACAGUGUUGAUAAUACAGGCACGGAUGGAACGCCACAUUCAUCGGUUCAAGCCUUUCGAAAAAUGACUGCUGAAAAACAUUUAUUAUCAACAAAUCAAGAAAAAUUGUUACAAACUAAUGAUCUAACUCAUAAAUCUACUUCAUUGCCAUCAUCAUCUCUAUUUAAUAAUCAAUUUAAAUCAAAUAAAAUCUUCGACGAGAGUGUCUAUGACAAAGAAUUACAAGAUUUGGAAGCCGAGUUUGAAAAUGAAUUAAAAGGCGCUAAUUAUCAUUCAAAGGAUGUUGAUAAACAUAUUCCAACAAAGGAUACCACAUCUCCUAUCGUCGAUGACGUGUCGAGGUACUCUACUCAAACAGUGCGAACUAUGUCAAGUACACCAUUGUCUCAUUCCACUAUAUCAUCAUUUUCGACAUCCGCAUCCCCACUUAAUAAAACAACACAACCAGUAUUAUCGACCAUACAACAAAUUGUUAGUCAAAUACCUCUAUCAUCUUCAACAUCAGCUCCAAAUUCAACUGAUUUAUUAGCUAGUUCAAAUAAACCAUCCGUAGCAACGGUCGACUUUUCAUUUAAUGGCGAACAACUAAAUCGACAACAAAAUGAACAGGUACCAUCAAUAAAACCACAACAACAAAUUGAAAGUGAUCGUUCUGAUUAUGUUCGUUCGCCAAUAUCACAAGUACGAUCAUAUGUUGAAAAACAGAUGGAUCAAUUACAAGAAGAUUUAAAAACGGGAUUUAAAAUUAAAAAAAAUAUUUAUGAAAAUUCAACAAUAGCAAACACAGCAACAAAUGGAAUAAAACACGAUCCAUGGUAUGAUCGACCAUUAAAUAUUCCAGUCGAUAUGUUAUCGAAUUCUCAAAAAUAUUCAUCUCCUUCUCAAUAUCAACAUCCUACAUCCUCAUUAUCAAUUCUUCAUUAUCAAUCUGAUGAUGAACCUCCAUCAUUGCAUUCAUCGUUGAAAAAACCAUUAUCACCCUCAUUUGAUAUCCCUCCGAAUGAUUUAUUAUUGAAUUCUAAACAGACAUACGGUUUACACAUAAAUCCUAAUGAACGUGUUAUUCAUUAUUUAAAUCCCUAUUCAUCAACUUCUUCUUUGCACAAACAAUCAUUACCAUUAACAACCAGACCAAUAUCGAGUUAUAUAAAACGAUCUGUACAGGAUUUAUCAUCAAAUAAUCAUCAUCAUCACCAUCAUCAUCAUCAACAACAACGAUCAGAGACAGCUGACGCAUAUUUACAAGAUAAAAAUAUAAAUGAACUAAGAUUUGCCAUGUUAUCGCCUCAACAACAACCUCACUUUCAUAAUCGUCAACAACAUCGUCUACAAACAGAUAAACAGUUUUUAACCACGAAUCAACCACAGAAAAGAGUAACAAUUAAUGUUGGUGAUACAACAACCAAUGACAUUAAACGAACAAAUAGCAAAACAUUAUUAACACAACUAAAUAAAGUACCAAGAAAAACAAAUUUUGAUGAUCAAUCAUGGAUAAUUAGCGAUGAUGAACAUAAAAUAAAAUAUACAACAGAGCAACGUCCACAAACCACGAACGAAUUUCAUUCUGUACAUAACAGUGGACAAGAAAUGUUUAUAUCAACGUUGUCAGCAGCAAAUAGUGAAGGACAUGUACCAUUUAGUUUAGAUAGAAGACGUUCUACAUUAGCAUCACAACAUUAUCCUCAUCACCAACAGCAACUCUAUCGUCAAGAUUUGAAUAAUAAUAACAGAUUAUUAACAGAAUCUUACUCAUAUGAUUAUCUUACUGGUAAAAAUGAUUAUCAAUCAUCGAUGAAACAAAAACAGCGAUUAAAUGAUAUAUCUCCAACAAAAAGUCGUGUAUUAUCGGUUAGUGGUAAAUUAAGAUGUUCAAAAUGCAACGAUGAACUUGGACAAGGUUCAGCUAUGGUCAUUGAAAGUCUUGGACUCUAUUAUCAUAUUGAAUGUUUUCGUUGUUGUGUAUGUAAUACACAAUUAUCAACGGGUGCUGAAGGAACCGAUGUUCGAGUCAGAAAUCAACGUUUACAUUGUCAAAAUUGUUUUUCGGAUGAUAAUGCAGCAUUAGUUCAAUAUACAGAGUAUCGUCUCCAUCGGGUUCGACAUUCUAUUUUAUAA